CUGUAAGAGUAUUCACGAACACAACCCAGUGUCCUAUUGAAUGAACUUUUUCAUUCCAACCAUUUAGCUCCUUCAUUGAGUAAUACAUGAAAACACAUAUUCUUACUAUUUUCCGCUAUUGAGUAGUGUAUGAGCGUCGGCUCGGCGGUCGGUACACCGAUCGCAUCCACGCACACCAGUUCCCGUUAGGCCACAACCGUUGCCGUCGUCGCCGUAGUACCGUGUGUAUUCGUAGUGUAAACAAUUCGGCGCAACACCAAUACCUGUCUGGUGAUUCAUAGCGGCCUGAAUGAAUAUCCACACGGGUUAUAAUUGCACGAGUGUGUACUGGAUGGCUACGAGUGAGUGAGUGAAUCUCCAGCACCAGAGAAGCCCGUUUAUGAUCCAAUAGUGUUUAAUUGUGUCCGAGCUGUCGUUGCGAAUAGACGUCGUUACAAUUUUUGCGCUGAUCGUACGGGUGAUCUUCCGUUUGUUUCUAUUGCAGAGUAAAUAGUUUUGCUGUUAAUUAUCGGCUUUUAAUCAGCAUUAUCGGUGUCAUUAUUGUUAUUAGUGAGUUUUGUGAGCAGCUCUUUUGUUCAGCGUGAACAUUGCUUCGUGGAAUAUCUGGUUUUGGAGCUGUGUCUCGCAUGAUCGGAGUUUUUCUUUCCAUUUCUACUUGUGGAAUUGAAUAAUUGAUUAAUGGUGGAGGUUGCCGGAGGAAGAAGACGAGAAAUAUUUCAAGUGCAGUGAGAUUUUGUACGUCCGUAGGAGAAACAGCUUUUUAACACACCAGUUUUCGGGCGUUUGACCAUAAUUUCUCGUUUGCGCUGAUCAGUUUGGAGGUGUUUGGCUGGCAGUGGCGAAUCCGAAAUUGUGUAUUUAUCAUUGAGCAAUUCACGAUUCAAUAAUAGAAGCGAAAGAGUGAGUGAGUGUGGGGAAAAGAAGUGAAUUACCGAAAGAGAAAUUUGGCUGCUGGAAAGGAAAAAGCGUUAGCUGAAAACGUAAUCUAAAAGGUGCUGUUUUUGUCUGGUUUUUCGUUUUCGGAGGCUUUGUGCGUGAAAGCCUUCAAUUGAAGUUUUGCUUGUGCAAAGUGUGCAAGAAUUCAAAAUUGUGAAACUACUAGGUGGAUAUCUAUUUGUGUGUUCGAAGCAGUGAUCAACAAGCGGCUAAGGUACAACUAGAGCUGUCAAAAUGAAUAAAUCCUGUGCUCGGUGUCAGAAGGUGGUCUACCCCAUCGAGGAGCUCAAGUGCUUGGACAAGACAUGGCACAAAACAUGUUUUCGAUGUCACGAGUGCGGAAUGACACUGAACAUGAAAACAUACAAAGGUUUCAACAAACUUCCAUACUGCGAAGCACACAUCCCAAAAGCCAAAGCCACCACUAUCGCAGAAACACCGGAACUGAAGCGGAUAGCGGAAAACACCAAGAUUCAAUCCAAUGUCAAAUACCACGCAGACUUCGAGAAACUGAAAGGAAAAGUCACACAGGUCGCUGACGAUCCCGAAACGCUGCGAAUCAAGCAAAACACGAAAAACAUCUCCAACGUUGCCUACCACGGUGACUUACAGAAGAAAGCUGCCAUGGAAAGACAAAGAGAAUGUACAGAAAUUAUCGAUAGUAAAGACAACAACGAGUUGGAAUCGGAAUACUUUUCCGAGCAAUUGGCAGCGGAAUCGUUGCCCCACUAUCAACCUCCUCCCCCGCCACCGGUGGUAGCACCCGUAUCGCACCCACUAUCCCAAGCGUCGAUGACGGGGUCGUCGUCAUCGCUUUCUUCCGGAAUGGGUCCCAAUGCAACUGCCGCUACCAAUCCAACGGCAGCCGUGUCCCAACAGGCACAAAUAACCCCAACCUCGACUCUGACGAAGCACAAUCUGAACAAUCUGAAUCAGACUCAAAACAACUAUCAAUCAUCACAAGCAGCGUACCAAGCGGCCAACAACAACUACCGACCGCAAGCUUACCCACAGCAGGCUCCUACGCAACAGCUACAGGCCAACCACUACCAUCACAAUAGCAAUAGUAGCAGCAACGGUAGCGACACCGUGCGUCAAUCGGUGCUGCAAAGCUCGCAAACUCCGUCGGGCAGUGUAGUAAACAAUCAAAAGUACUACGAUCCAUACGAUAACUACGCAAGACCAAACCCCAACGCAGCAAUGGUGAACAAUAACAACAACUACAACAGCCACUACCACCAUAAUCAGCAGGCCGGCGUUGGUGGAGGUGGCGGUGGUGGUAACGAACGAAGCAAUGGUGCCGCCCACAACUAUCACCACAUGCAACAGCAGCAACAUCAUCAUGGCGCCCAACAUCAUCCCCAAGGGGAUGGUGGCUACGGGCAUCCCCAACAACCACGUUACAACGGUCAACAACAACAGUACGCACAGCAGCAGCAGCAACAGCAACACCAACAACAGCAAUAUCAAUACAACAAUGGUAACGUCAACAACGGUGCUGGCAUCGGUAAGAUCGCAGACUACGAUCCGUUGACCGAUGGGCCUAGGAAUGUUCCGCAACCGAGCAGGCAGAGCGCAACCCUGAUCUACAGUUCCGGAAAUUUAAACGCCAACAAUAAUCGACGAAUCGGUUCCGUUAACGACAUUGAUCCAGUCAAUGGGUACUACGGUUCGAUUUCGGAAACCCAACAGCAUCAGCAAAACGCCAUCUAUCAUCAGCAACAAGUUCAGCAACAGCAACACCUCCAGCAGCAGCAACAGCUCUAUCAACAGCAACAGCAGAGACAAGCCCAGCUACAACAACAACAACAGCAGCAGCAACAACAGCAAGCUCAGCAACAGCAACAACAACAAUCGCAGUAUAUUCAACCGCCUCAGCAAUACGGAGCGCCCACAUCGACUCCCGUCUCGAAGCCAAUGGGCAAAGUGCGCGUCUACCGUGCACUGUACGACUACGAAGCACAGGACAAUGACGAGGUUGGCUUCACCGAGGGUGACCUGAUCAUCGAGGUCAACUCGAUCGACUCCGGCUGGAUGACCGGACGUGUCGAACGGACCGGACUAACGGGAAUGUUACCCGCGAACUACGUCGAGCUGGUCAAGAUAUAAGGAAUUCGUUAUCUCGCAAAUGAACAGUAACAGUUGAAAUGAUCAUGCAAAAGAACACACAUAAAAUCACCGACCGAAAAUAUCGAGAUUACAAAGGUAAGUGCAAAGUUUUGAAAACAUCGCGCCAACAGAGAGGAGAGAAACAAAAAACAGAACGACGAAGAAGCGAAGAAAAAUUACCAAUCUUAGUUUUCUUGUCUAGUGUAUAAAGUAAUCCAUUUAAUUUAAAUUUACUAUUCAAGCUACUUCACGAGAUCCUACAGUGGGAAUAUGCGUGCAGAGAGCAAAAAAUCAUAUGUUUUUAAUUUUAUUUUUGUUAUUCAUUUGAUAUUUGCGUUAUUUUUUCCCAAAAUAUUUCCAAAUGGAGAGAGUCAUUCAGCAAAUGGUGCUGAAUCGAGCGUACAUAGGAUACAUAGGCAACUUUUAAGGCAAUCUAUAGUAUCUUAGGGCCCACCUGAUUUUCGUAGCAUUUAUCGAAACUGUAAACAUUCGCAGCUUGUAUGUAUUUGUAGUACUACAAAACAAUAGAAACAACAACAAUGGUGUAAAACGAUACGCGUAUUUGCUCUAGAAUAUCCGGAACACAGGAAACAUUCGACUGGAUAUAAAUCACAGAAGACUUAGUAGUACCGUGCCUUUUUUCAGCUACGAUUGAGAACCCCCUUUACCGGAGAAACAACUUUGGAUGCAAUUUUUUACAAACUAGCCAAUAAGAAACGUUUUCUAGAAAUCAAAAUUGUUCUACGAUUAGUAAAAAGGUUGAGCUUCCGUUUGUUUUAUACAGAUUCUGUGAUAGACGAAUGUGUAUUCGGGGAUAUAGCCCUUCGUGCCGGUUUCUUCCACACCAAUUGGCGUAGCUUUAAAAAAACAGUAAUAAAAUGUUCGGAAAACAAUAGUUACGACGUCCGGUGUUCGUUUAUGUUCGAGUCAAUAUGUGUCAUCCCAAUCCCUUACAACUACCGGGUUUUUCUUGUUACAUAAACAAAUAACAAACGAAAAAAAACGAAAUAAUACGUGUUAAGUUAACGUAUCAUAAACAAACACACUUGAAAAUUUACUACGUACAUUUACACAAUUGAAUACAUAUUUUAUCUUUCUAUAAAACAAAUUAAUUUAUAAUACAAAUCCAAGUCAAUAAGCAACACAUAUACAAGUGCUACUGUUAGAAUAAUGAAGCAGUUGUUAGGUAACACUAGCAAUAGUGAUGUAUAGACCAGGAAGCGGAGCAAAAAUCAAAUUAUAAAGGCAUCUAAAGAA